AUGGAAAGAGUCAACUACACACUCUUGACUGAGUUCAUCCUGACGGGAGUUCCCCACCCUCCCAGGCUAAGGACAUUUCUACUUGUGUUCUUUUUGCUAAUCUACAUCCUGACUCAGCUGGGGAACCUGCUCAUCCUGAUCACUGUCUCUGCAGACACACAGCUCCAUGCACGCCCCAUGUACAUCUUCCUUGGUGCUCUCUCCAUCAUUGACAUGGGCAUCUCUACCAUCAUUGUCCCCCGUCUCAUGAUGAACUUUACUCUGGGUGUUAAGCCUAUCCCAUUUGGGGGUUGUGUGGCUCAACUGUAUUUCUAUCACUUUCUGGGCAGCUCCCAGUGUUUCCUCUACACCACAAUGGCCUAUGACAGGUACCUGGCAAUAUGUCAACCCCUGCGUUACCCAGUACUCAUGUCUGCCAAGCUGAGUACCUUGCUGGUAGCUGGGGCUUGGGUGGCUGGCUCAAUCCAUGGAGCAAUCCAGGCCAUUCUAACCUUCCGCUUGCCCUACUGUGGUCCCAACCAGGUAGAUUACUUCUUCUGUGACAUUCCUGCAGUUUUAAAGCUAGCCUGUGCAGAUACCACAGUCAAUGAGUUGGUGACCUUUGUGGACAUUGGAGUGGUGGUUGCCAGUUGUUUCUCCCUGAUCCUCCUCUCCUACAUCUAUAUCAUCCGGGCCAUCCUGAGAAUCCGCACAGCUGACGGACGGCGAAGGGCCUUCUCAACAUGUGGAGCCCAUGUGACUAUUGUCACCGUGUACUAUGUGCCCUGUGCCUUCAUCUACCUGCGACCUGACAGCCACAGUGUCCUGGAUGGGGCAGCUGCUCUCUUCCCCACAGCCAUCACUCCUUUCCUCAACCCCCUCAUCUAUACUCUGAGGAACCAGGAGGUGAAAUUGGCUUUGAGGAGAAUGAUAGGAGGCCAGAGGGCUAAGAGUGAGGUGUGA